AUGUCAUACGCAUACAGAGAACGAGAUCGCGAAUGGGAUGAAUACUCGCGGCCGUCUGAGCAUCGUGGCUCGUACACGGUCAAGCGUUACGUCAUUCCCUCUGACGAUGGUCGUGAUCGUGAACGAGAUUUUUUCCGUCGCGAGGAUUCCGGCACGGCUGACCGGGAGUUGGUGAUUCGACGUAGAACAGAGCCUCAUGAGACCGAUUAUGAAGUUCGCCGCGAGUAUCGCGAGCAUGAACCACGUUCGAUAUAUGAGCCUGAUUAUCAGGUUGUUCAUCGUUCCGAAGUCGAGCGAGACCCUAGGGAUGUUGAGUACUAUUAUCAAAGACGUGUUCGCGAAUACGACGACGACAGGGAUCGCAUAAGACGGGAGAUCAGCCCUCACGACUCAGUUUCUCAGGUCAGCACUCGACGACGCCGUGACCGAGACCGUGAUCGUGACUAUAGUAGCGACGAUAGCAUGGUCUACAUUCGCAAAGAGACCCGCGAAUAUGAUGACGAACCUCAUCAUCAUAAGCGCCACCUGGCUGAAGGUGCGCUUCUCGCAGUGGGAGCUGCAGAGCUUCUACGACACCGCAGCAAGAGUCAGGGCCGCGAAGUCACAGGAGGGGUAGGCCGCGUUGGCAGGGAUGUCGGCGCCGCUGCUUUGGGUGCGAUUGCUGCCAAUGCUGUCGAUCAUUACCGGAGCAAAAGCCGCAGACGCUCAUCGUCUGUGGAUGAUGACGAUCGCCGCCAUCGUCGCCAUCACCGUCACAGCCGCAGCCGCUCUUCAUCUCAUUCGAGGGCCAAGACUCUCGCAGGCAUUGGUCUUGGUGCUGCUGCUCUGGCAGGUGCUGUCGCUCUAGCUCGAAACAAGUCCCAAGAUGACAGACGAAGUCGUUCGCGCCACCGCCAGAGAUCGCAAUCUCGUGGCGGCAAUGCCGCGAGUAGAUCAAAGAGUCGAAACAGACAUAUGGCAGCGGCAGGUCUUGCAGGUGCCGCUGCUGCGGGKCUGAUUGAGAGGGCUCGCAGUAAGUCACGUUCGAGAUCCAAGAGUCGUAUAAGGCAAGGUCUUCCUAUCGUUGCUGCUGGACUGGGUAGUGCAGCAGCUGCCGGCCUUUAUGAAAACUUCAAAGCAAAGCGUGAUCAGAGCGCAAAGGGCGAAAGACGCAGCUCCCGUACGCGUUCUACGAGUCGAAGUCGAGGUCCCAUUCUACCAGAUCCCGCAAGAGAAUCGGCCGGCCUCAUUGAGUACGGCCACGAUCCAGUAUAUGGCAAUAUUCCCGCGGCAGAUUACUACGGCCGCCCAAACAGCCAGCAAGGUUACUACAAUGAUGCAGUUGUUCCUGCCGUUGGUAACAGAGACGGCCGCGACCGUGGAUACAGCACCUCUAGCUCAGGAUCUGACCGUAGUCAUCGUCGCCGACAUCGUCGACGCGAGAAGAAAGAACGAAGCAGCAGUCGGAUCCGUGACUUAGCGGAAGCCGGUCUUGCAGCAGCAGGGUUGGGUUAUGCAGCCUCCAAGAUUUCAGGCAACAAAAAGGACAAGAGCCGUCACAGCCGUGAACGGGAAAGCCGACGCCAUGAUCAUGAAAAUGACUCUUACGAAGAACCGUACGACCCAGCUCCUUACAUGCCGACACCCCCGCCUGGAGCUCCGGUGCCGCCAACGGAAAGCUAUUAUCCAUACACAAAUAGCUUCCCUCCACCCCCAGGAUCUACACCCAAUCCCCCACCUGCGUCGUAUCAUCCGAGAGAAUAUCCUCCUCCCCCGGCUCCUGGAGCUGUUCCUCCACCAAUGCACGGAUAUCCACCUCCACCUGGGGCGCCUCCCGGCAAUGAACCUUACGCCCCACAACCACGUAGAGCUGAUGAGAAUGUGAGUGCCCCUUUUCUUGACUCUCAUCACAAAGCAGAUGGUGUAAGAGGAUCGUCUGCGCAACCUUCUCGAACAGACUUGUCUCGUGGCGGCCCUGAAGGAAACUCAAGACGGCGAUCCAUGGCAACGCCAAACCCGAUAAGGAGAAGUCACGUACACAUGACACCGCCGCCUAUGGAGAAGGGUAUGAAACGGAUGAUAGUGAUUCUACAAUUGAUGGAAAUGAUCGAAGCCACCAUCAUCAUCGUCACCAUCGUCACCCUCCUCCUCCCUUUCGAGACCACUCGUCUAACUUAUACGAACCUACGCCUAAUACUGAUAGUCAUCACCAUCAUCAACACCAUCAAACUACAAAGCCCAAUCCUGUUCCUACUCAAUCUGCAACAAGAGACUCUUCUGAUUCUGAAGCGACAAUUGACCUGCCUGAUCGAUUCGAUGCUCAAGGCCGCAAGCUGCCAGAAGAGGGAGAUGAUCCUCUUGCAGACUCGGUCGACCAUCUGUUGCAGAACAUCUUUUCAGCUGGACGCCAACAGCACUCAGCGAACAGGGUGUGGUGAUUUAUCUUCCGAUGUUUUGUGA